AUGCAUCUCUCACUAGAUCGCAUUCUCCUCCUCCUCUGGCUGACCUUCGGCUCCGUCAACGCGCUCGGCCUGUCAUGCAUCAAAGUCGCAUCCGCCCUCAUCGGUCGACCAACCCAUCUAUACAAUCUCUUCCAGACUGAGAUCUGCGAGCGCGGCUGUGAGCCGACCGUGCCACACUGGGAUCUCUGGACUCGCAACAAUAGCUUUGUCCCCGCGGUGCGCAACAUCAUGACGCGCAUGAACAUCCCUCACAGCGAAAAUGCUUUGUUCAAAAUGGGAGACGACGUGGCAGCCAUCAUCAAGGUUCAGUGCGGACCAAUGCUGGGAGACCGGCAUAUCUGCUCAGAUCCGGCGACGCUGGCAGACUUUGGAAACUGCUUCAAGCGGUACUUUUUCAAGGCAUCGCUCAAGUAUAUCCCGAUUCUACUGCCGAUGGCCUCGGACGCUGCCUGCAAAGAACAAUACCAGUACCUGCAAGGGAAUGAGCUGUGGGAUGAGACCAUUCCAAAGAAUAUGCGCGCGUAUGCGAGCGUGUGCCAUGACUUGGAGGCGGAGUCAGUUGAGCGUCAACAAGAGCCUUCAGGAGAGGAGGGGUCGGUGGAAUUUGAGAAUCAUGAGGAUCUGUGA